AUGGUGUCGGACCAGGAUCUAGCGAAAGGAGUCGAGACUUUGCUCCGGCAAUCCGACCCCAGCUCUCUCACAUCGGUGAACAGUGUUAUUCAGCAGCUCGAGGCCAAGUUAGGGUUAGACCUCACGGAGAAGACGAAUUUCAUCAGAGACCACAUCAAUCUCCUCCUCCGCGCUCACCCAUCACCUUCCGCCUCAGCUUCCGCAUCGACCGUACAACCCCCGCCGCCACCGUCUCAGCAUCAUCAGCAUCAGCAGCAACAGCAUGUGCAUUCCGGCGUCAAUGUUCCGGCGACAAAAGGGCAUUUCGCACUUCACCACCCGUCUCAAUUCUCUGCUUCGCAUUCCCAACAAUACCCUCCGCAUUUCUCUCUCCAGCCUCCUUACCACUCUUAUGACCUCAAUUUCCGGCAGCCGUAUCCGGCUUACAUGCCGCCGCAGCACCAGCAGCAGUCUCCGCGGCAAGGAACCAACUUGAUGUUUUCACAAGGCCCCAACGCUGCUCUCUCUGUUAAUCAAGCUCCGAAAGAAAGUGCUCCAGCUGGAACUAAAAGAAAGGGUGGUCCUGGAGGAUUAAACAAAGUCUGCAGAGUUUCUCCAGAACUUCAAGUCGUUGUUGGUGAACCUGCUCUUCCCAGAACUGAGAUUGUGAGGCAACUGUGGGCUUACAUAAGGAAGAACAACCUCCAAGACCCAAGUAACAAGCGGAAGAUCAUCUGUGAUGAUGCGUUGCGUGUGGUGUUUGAGACUGAUUGCACUGACAUGUUCAAAAUGAAUAAGUUGCUUGCUAAGCAUAUUCUCCCGCUUGAUCCAUCAAAGGACGCUUGUCAAGCGAAACGUGCGAAAGCUGAGGUAGAGGCUAAGACUGAGACUGAGACUGAGACCACCACAGAGCCUGUUAGUUCGACUGUUGCAUUAUCUGAGCCACUUGCUAAGUUCUUUGGCACUGGUGAGAUGGAGAUGACAGACGAAGAGAUUAUUCGCCGUGUGUGGGAAUACAUAAAGCUCAACAAUUUGGAGGAUCCGGUGAAUCCAAUGGCGAUUCAGUGUGAUGAAAAGCUCCGUGAUCUUCUUGGAUGUGAAAGCAUUUCAGCUGUGGGGAUAAAUGAGAUGCUUAGGCGCCAUAUGUACAAGCGGUCGUGA